AUGGCCGGUAAAGAUGCCAACACCACAGUCGUGAAGCGGAAAAAGUGGUGGCACUUGCAAUGGUACUCGGAUGAUGAUACACCCAAGGAGCGCAAGUUCAUCAUCAAGCUGGAUCUGCUGGUCGUUCCUUAUGCUAUCCUAGCAUACUGGGUCAAAUACAUUGACCAAUCGAACCUUAACAAUGCCUAUGUCGCUGGCAUGAAAGAGGAUCUUGGCUUCUAUGGGAACGAGCUCGUUCAACUCCAGACAAUGUAUAUUGUGGGAGCAGUCGUCGGCCAGAUCCCUUUCCUGUUCUUGUUCACAUACAUCCCGAUGUACUGGACGAUCCCCUUCCUCGACAUUAUGUGGGGUAUCUUUACCUUAUUACAGUAUCGGACACAAAGCUUCGCGGAGCUCAUGGCGUAUAGGUUCCUUGUGGGAUGGUUCGAGGCAGCGUUCUUCCCAGCCAUGCACUAUGUUUUCGGCAGCUGGUACAGAGGUCACGAGAUCGCGCGUCGAGGAGGGUUGUUCUAUACCGGACUUGGAGCAGGCACCCUUACCGCCGGCCUGAUUCAAGCAGGCGCAUCCGCCCGGCUGGAAGGCGUCCAUGGAUUGGAAGGUUGGCGAUGGAUGUACAUCAUAUGUGCCGCCAUCACUGUCCCUGUGGGCAUACUGGGGUACUUCGUCCUGCCUGGGACGGUCGACCAACCGAACCGUCGGGUCCUGACCGAAAAGGAUAUCGAGGUAGGCAAGAAUCGACUGCUCCGCGGCGGGCACGUCGUCAAAGGCAAGUUCAAGAUACAUAACUUGAAGGGCAUAUUCCUUGCACCUCAGUUUUGGACGGUGAUCCUGGUCGAUGUUUUGUUCUGGAAUGCUGGCAUCCAUAAGACAACUGCUUCGUUCUUGCUAUGGAUCAAGAGCCUGGAUCGAUAUUCGGCGGCACGCAUCAAUGAACUUGGUACCAUCGCACCUGGGAUCGGCAUUGGUGUUACAGUGUUUGCAUGCUUCGCCUCGGACCUGUACCUCGGACCGGCAUGGGCCAUUACCAUGUGUUCGACCUUCAAUGCAAUCAGUCUGGCGAUAUUGACGGCCUGGUAUGUCCCUGAAUCGGCGCUUUGGUUCGCAUUCGCGAAUACAUAUUGGUCCAAUGCCUUGAGCAGCAUCUUCCACGGCUGGGUAAAUAACCUUCUGCGCGACUCUCCGGAGCAGCGCUCCUUCACACUGGUCCUUAUCAACAUCAUAGCGCAAUCUUCCACGGCCUGGACACCUUUGCUGACAUUCCCCACUGUUGAAGCACCACGAUUCGCCAAAGGCUUUUCGUUCUGUCUUGGAUCUGCGAUUGGUCUCAUUAUCAUGACAUGGGUUCUCAAAUUUUACCUGGAUCGGAAGACGUAA